AUUUAAUCAAAUGAAGAGAAUGUUAGUCAGAGAUUUUAUAUAUGAUCGUCUUUAUCAUCCAGUUGAGGGAUAUUUUGUAAAGAAUAUUUAACUUGGAGCACUCAAAAAACCAAUUGAAUUUAAAUAAUUGUUGGGUUAUGAAGAUUAUACAAAAAAAUUAGCAGAAAACUAUCCUGAAAAUUAAUGGUUGACUCCUUCUGAAGUAUUUAGACCAUAUUAUGGUAUAACAUUGGGGAAUUAUAUAAAUUAAUAAUUUCGAUUUACACGCAAAGAAAAAUUAAGAAUUGUUGAAAUAGGUGCUGGAUAUGGUGCAGCAUGUGAAGGUGUAUUAUAUUAUAUGAGAAAUCACUAACCUCAAAUAUUUUCAAAUAUGGAAUAUCAUUUAGUUGAUAUUUCUCCAGAAGCAUGUUAAUAAGCAGAAAAAAGAUUGUCUCAAGAUUUUAAAUAGUAAAUAAAAAAAGGAACCUUAAAAAUUUUUAAUUAAGACUUUUUGAGUUACAAAUAGAAUUCGUAAAAAAAUGAAAUGUGGUUUUUUGUAUUUCUUGAGGUUUUUGAUAAUCUAGCUCAUGACAAAGUAAUUGAUGGAAAAUAAGUUUAUGUUGAAAACAUGAAAGAAUUUACAGAGACAAUCACAGAUCAAUUGAUUUAAGAGACAUAUGUUAUGUAUUAGUAAUUUAAACAGCAAUAGAAAAAUGAGGAUUAAAAUAUUGAAGAUAGAUUUCUAUUUAAUACAUUAAGAAAAUUGAUUAGUAAAUAUUAUGGAAAUUAGAAAGUAAUAUACAAAAUAAUUUAGAGUCUAAUAGCAUAUUUUUACCUACGGGAGCAUUAUAAGUAUUGAAACACAUCAAAUCUAAUUUUUAAAAUCCUUCUUUAGUAAUAGCUGAUUUCGAUUUACUAAAAAAUAAUUUUACAUAAGAAUCUAUUAAUGCUCCCAUAGUAUCUAAGAAAUUAGCUAAACCACAUGAAAGAAUAGAUUAUGAAUCUUAUUUAGUAGAAAGAGGAGCUGCUGAUAUCUUUUUUCCAACAGAUUUCAAUUUUGUUUAAUAUAUGGUAAAAUAAAUUUUAGGGAUGGAUUCUCAAAUAUUUAAGGCAUAUUAAUUUGCUGAUUAGUUUUCUUAAAGUUCUUGGACAACAACUAAAUCUGGUUAUAAUCCUUUGAAAGAAGAUUUUGGCAAUACAAGUUUCUUAGUCACUGAUCAUAGUUGAAU